UUCCGCUAGCCGGCUGAUGCUGGGUGCUGAUUGGGCGGCGCCCGGGGAGGCUACGAGUCCAGCGAAACAAUGAGCAGUACGAAGGGCAGGUCUCGCCAAUAACAGCGGGGUGAAGACGGGCCUUGAUUGCCGGGACACCGAGCUACUGGGGGGCCAGUGGGGCGGGGACUGGAAUGUGUCUUCUGCUGGGGGCCCCAGGUGUCGGCAAGACACUGCUGGUGAAACGCUUGCAGAGGCUUUGCUCUCGGGAUGGCAGGGGCGACCUGGGGGACCCUCCGCCUACGCGACCCACGGUGGGCACCAACCUUACUGACAUCAUGGCUCCAAGAAAGAUCACCAUUCGGGAACUCGGGGGGUGCAUGGGCCCCAUCUGGUCCAGUUACUGUGGAAACUGCCAUUCACUUGUGUUCAUGAUGGAUGCCUCUAACCCCACCCAGCUCUCUGCAUCCUGUGUGCAGCUCCUGGGUCUCCUUUCUGCGGAACAACUUGCAAACACAUCAGUCCUGAUUCUCUUCAAUAAAAUUGAUCUACCCUGCUACAUGACCACAGAGGAGAUUCAGUCAUUAAUCAGGCUUCCGGACAUCAUUGCUUGUGCUAAGCAGAACAUCACCAUAGCAGAAAUCAGCGCCUACAAAGGCACUGGCUUGGCCAGGGUACUGCGCUGGCUCCAGGAACGGCAUAGAACCAGCAGCUAACAAAUGGAGAAGUGUGACUGGCCUACCAGGUGGCCAGGUUCAGAGGAUAGCAUUGCUUAACUCCUGAUGGUUUGUUCCGAGAGGAGCAAAACAACUCACCAUAGCUCUAGAUGAUAGGGCUCCUUGCUGAGGUGCAUCAAAGGGUACUGAGAUACCUAGAGUACAGAAACUGCUGAUACCUUGUCUUUGAAAAAAAGACUAUUCCCAGGGCUGGGAGAGGAGGACAGGCCUGCAGGUGGCUGGGUGUCCUGCUGUCAUCCUGUGGUGGUACCGCUGGGACUCCUUCCAAGAAACAUCUUCUCAGACAUGCUAUGCCAAUCAUCAUGUGUCACCCCACAGUUAUAGACUGUCUUAGUUCCUGUCCCAUUGGUACUUCAGGGGCAGGAAGCUGUGAUCACAGGUGACACUGAAAAAAGACAAGCAUUAGCAGGCUUUUUAAAUCAAAGGUUUGCAUGGCAUUAGAACCUUCAUCAGUAAAGAUCUGAAAACCCAGGGAGAACAGUUUUUACAAUGCCCAGUGAGAAUGGACAAUUGUGUAGAAUUGCCACUGGGCCAGGUUGGUGGCACAUAUCUAUUAUCUCAGUACUUGGAAGCCUCAGGGAGGAGAAUCACUGCAGUUUGAGGCCAGCCUGGGCUACAUAGUGAAUUCAAGGCCAGCCUGAACUAAACUACAUAGCGAAAAAAACAAAA